UUAAACGAGUUAAAACCAUAAAAUAGAUAAGUUUUGAAUAGUUAAGAUGUCAGCAGGAUUUUAUAAGGGAAUAUCAUCAGAACAAGAUAUUCGCUUUACAAAUGCAGAAAAGAAGCUUUUAAGGAAUACUAAGUUCCCAGAUGAAUUUUCAGUUAAGGUUGAUAUGGAUAAGGUUAAUUUAUCAGUUAUGAAGCCAUGGAUUACUCAGAAAGUGAUUGAUCUUCUAGGAUUUGAAGAUGAUGUGGUUAUUAAUUAUGCAUUUCAGAUGAUUGAGUCUACACGUUUUCCUGAUCCUAAAAAAAUUCAAAUAAAUUUGACGGGUUUUUUAGAGAAAAAGGCAUCACUUUUUACUAAAGAGCUUUGGGCACUUUUACAAUCGGCACAACAAAGUACAGGAGGUAUUCCAUCUAAAUUUGUUGAAGAAAAGAAGGCAGAAAUUAAUGCAAAAAAGUUAGAAGAGAAGCGUAUACAUGAAAAUUCAAAGAAACAAAAGGAUGAUCAAAAGCAUCAUGAAAGUGUAGAUUCUAGCAAGGAAAAGGAAUCCUGGAGAUAUACUUCUGAGGGAAAUGGAUCUCGUUAUCAUGGCAAAGAUGAUCAUAAUGAACAUGAUUAUAAGAAUAGUCGAUCUCGCUCACGUGACAGAAAAGUAUAUGAUAGUAGAAGACAUAGUCAUAGAGGAAAUAGAUCAUCUUCUAGGGAUAUACAUGUACAUAAUGAUCGACAUUAUAGAGGGAAUAGAUCACAUUCGAGAAAUAGAUCACAUUCUAGGAAUAGAUCAUCAUAUGAUCGACGACAUAGAAGUGAUAGGAAUCGUUCUAGAGAAAGAGAUAGAUAUAGUUCACGAAGACAUAGACAUAGAAGGGAUCGAUCAUAUUCUUCAGAUAGACAUACACAUAGUCGAAAAUAUCGAAGAACUAGUUCACGUCAUAAUAGUCCACAGACCAGAUAUAAAUAUAGAAGUCGUAGCAAUUCAUCUAGAAGUUCUACAUCAAGAUCUAAUGAGGACAGUUAUGGAAGUGCAUCAUCUUAUUAUCAAAGACGUUUCUCAUCUUCAGAAACAUCAUCAUCUAAACGAUCGCCUAUGCACAAUAGAGAAUCGUCAAGAAAAUGAAUGUAAAUUUAUGAAAAAGAUGAUUACAUUGUAGAUAUUUU